AAAUAUAUUUUCACUUCCCGAUAAAAAAGUCAUAUACACCAAACUUUUUAGCCAUGAACAUCAGUAUUACGGAUCUAUCUAGUUUCACACUUGUUCUAUUUUCCUUUACGUUGGUCUUGGCUCUCGCUACACGUUCCAUGAGAUCCAAGAAACCAAAAGGUCAACUUCCUCCGGGCCCGCCUGGAUGGCCGAUCAUUGGGCACUUGUUCCACGUGAUCACGAACCGGCCGGCUCAGGUGUGGAUCCACCGUUCAAUGGAAGUCAUGCAAACGGAAAUAGCUUGCUUCCGCUUCGCCAGCGUCAACGUCAUCACCGUCACCUCAAGCGAGAUCGCCCUAGAAGUGCUUAGGGAAAAAGACGAGGCUCUCGCAGACAGAUCGGAGUCGUACACGACCAAUCUCUUAAGCCAUGGCUACAAAGACGUUGCUUUCUCUCCCUACGGAGAGAGUUGGAAGCUGAUGAAGAAAACCAUGACCAAUAAACUAAUGUCUCCGGCAACGUUGAACAAAACCCUCGGUGAUAGAACCCUAGAAGCGGAUAAUAUCGUCACGUAUCUCUUCAAUCUAUCCCGAUCAGGGACCAUGAGGAGGCCGGUUAACGUCAGAGAUAUUGUAUUAACUUAUUGCCACGCCGUGAUGAUGAGGAUGAUGUUUGGCCAGAGGCAUUUUGAUGAAGCGGCCGAGGACGGAGGUCUCGGGCCGAAAGAGAAAGAGCAUAUGGACGCAAUAUACAAAGCUCUAGAUUGUAUUUUCAGCUUUAACGUAACGAAUUACAUCCCUUUUCUUAGAGGAUGGAACAUAGAUGGAGAGGAGGCGGAGGCUAGAGAAGCGGUUGAUAUACUCAACGGAUGCAACGAUCCGAUCAUCCAUGAGAGAAUGCGUUUGUGGAGGAAUAAAGGCGGAAAAGAGACGGAAGAAGAUUGGCUCGAUAUUCUCAUCACGCUAAAGAAUGGCCAAGGAAUGCCUUUGUUCACAUUUGAUGAUAUUAGGGCUCAAUGCAAGGAUAUCAAUGUUGCAACAAUCGACAAUACGAUGAAUAACGUGGAGUGGACGAUAGCAGAGAUGUUGAAUCAUCCUGAGAUUCUUGAGAAAGCCACAAAUGAGUUGGACAUGGUAGUUGGUAAGGACAGACUUGUCCAAGAAUCAGACAUACCACAACUUAACUAUAUCAAAGCUUGUAGUAGAGAAUCUUUCAGGCUUCAUCCAGCUAAUACCUUCAUGCCUCCUCAUGAAGCCAGACAAGAUACUACUCUCGCUGGUUAUUUCGUUCCUAAAGGUAGUCAAAUUCUGGUGAGCCGUCUAGGGCUUGGUCGCAAUCCUAAAAUAUGGGACGAGCCAAACGUGUUCAAGCCUGAGCGACACCUUGCUGGCCACGAGGUGAAUCUGAUGGAGCCUGAGAUGCGGUUCGUGACAUUUGGUACUGGUAGGCGUGGCUGCGCAGGUGUUAAGAUUGGGAUAUCUAUGACCAUAAUGCUUCUAGCCAGGCUUCUCCAGGGGUUCGAGUGGACCCUCCCUAAUGGUACAAGUCAAGUCGAGCUCGUUGCAGCUGAUAGCAACUUGUUCAUGGCAAAGCCUCUACUCGCUUGUGCGAAACCGAGGUUGGUUCCAACUUUAUAUCCGGCAAUUCAGAACGUUCUUCUUGGAGCCAUCAAUACUUCUGCGAUAACAAUGACAUGGGCAAUGGCAGAACUUGUGAGAAACCCACGAGCGAUGAAGAAAGUACAAACCGAAAUCAGAAACCAAAUGGGGAACAAACCAAUGAUCACCUUGGAUGAUACGGAUCAGCUAAAUUACUUGAAAAUGGUGAUCAAAGAAACAUGGAGGCUACAUCCUCCAGCACCUCUUCUUGUUCCAAGAGAAGUAAUGUCUGAGUUUAAGAUCAAUGGCUACAAGAUUCAACCCAAGACACGGCUUUAUGUGAAUGCUUAUGCUAUCGGACGUGAUCCUGACAUCUGGAAAGAUCCAGAGAUGUUUCUCCCGGAGAGGUUUAUGGAUAAUGACAUUGAUGCAAAAGGACAGAACUUUGAGCUGUUGCCGUUUGGAAGUGGCAGGAGAAUCUGUCCAGGAAUGUACAUGGGGACAACAAUGGUGGAGUUUGGUCUGGCGAAUAUGUUGUCUCGUUUUGAUUGGGAAUUACCAGAAGGCAUGUCGGUCGAAGAUAUCGACAUGGAAGAAUCUCCUGGACUCGCUGUGGGCAAGAAAAACGAGCUUCUACUUGUUCCUGUUAAGUUCUUAUAGAUCAUUGAUCACUUAAACUAUGCAAGUUCUCCAUGAGAUUACAAAAUACA